UAUUUCUUAUAUUUUUUUCAGUGCUGAAAUCACGUUUUAAUUUGAACUUGUUUGCUUUAAUUCAAAUUCUUGUUUAUCUUUUUGUUUUGUGAUUAAUUUUCGAAACGAAAUUAAGAAAGGAUAAAUAAAAUGACCAACACUCAGCUAUUUUUUAGGGGUGUGAGAAGCUCGAAGUUCCGCCACGUUUACGGAGAGCCCUCAAAACGCGAGAAAUGCUACGAUAACGUUAAAAUAACGAAAAACGCGCAUGAUUCUCAAUUUUGCGCGGUUAAUCCGAAAUUUUUAGCCGUCGUAACCGAAGUGGCUGGAGGUGGUGCUUUUAUUGUGUUACCUAUUGCGAGUACGGGGAGGUUGGAUUUUAAUGUGAAUCGAGUUACUGGGCAUACUGGGGCUGUUUUGGAUAUUAAAUGGAAUCCUUUUAAUGAUAAUGUCAUUGCUAGUUGUUCUGAUGAUUGCACGAUUAAAUUGUGGUACAUCCCUGAUGAUGGCUUAACUUCUCAUUUAACCGAUUGGAUCGUUGACUUACAAGGUCAUAAAAGACGCGUAGCUUACAUCGAGUGGCACCCAACCGCUGAAAAUAUUCUUUUCAGCGCGGGAUUUGACCACUUAGUGAUCGUUUGGGAUAUUGAAAAAGGUGAAGCUGUAAAUAUCAUCGAUUGCCACCCCGAUGUGAUUUAUGGGAUGAGUUUGAACCGCGAUGGGAGUCUUUUGGCGACCACCUGUAAAGAUAAAAAGUUGAGGGUGAUUGAGCCAAGAUCUGGAUUGGUUAAAUCUGAAGGAGUUUGCCACUCCGGGUCGAAAGCGAGUAAAGUUGCGUUUUUGAAUUCGAAUCGAUUGAUAACGACGGGAUUUUCGAGGCACUCCGAUCGGCAGUAUUCGGUUUGGGAUCAAGAUGAUUUGGCGAAACCUUUGGUGACGAAUGAUAUUGAUAGCUCGUCGGGGAUUGUCUUUCCCUACUUCGAUUACGACACGAAUAUCGUGUAUUUGGCGGGGAAAGGUGACGGGAACAUCCGGUAUUAUGAGAUAGUGGAUGAGGCGCCGUACGUGCAUUUUUUGAGCCAAUUUUUAUCGGGAAAUCCUCAGCGAGGAUUAGGUUUCAUGCCAAAACACGGCUUAAACACCAACUCAUGCGAAAUAUUCCGCUUCUACAAGCUCCACACCAGCCGCGGAUUAUGCGAACCCAUCAGCAUGAUCGUUCCGAGGAAAAGCGACCAAUUCCACGAGGAUUUAUACCCAGAUACAGCUUCUAAUAAGCCUGCUUUAAGCGCGUCGGAUUGGAUCAGCGGAAGAGACGCUAAUCCUGUUUUAAUGUCGAUGAAAACAAAGACCGAAAUUUUGCUUCAAGAUAAACCAAAAGUACAAAAAACAACGAAUAUUAUUAUUAGCGCAAAUUCGAGGCAGGAAGUACCCUCUCAGGAAAAUAACAAGAAGAAAUUUGCGUUCUUAGCCACAGAAACGACCCCAGAUUAUCGCCCAAGAAGUAUAAUUUUGGAGAAGGAGCAAAAAACGACUACCAAUAAGAUCCACCAAUUAAAAGAGUUCUUCAACAACGUCCAUAAUAAUCAUUGCAAUGAAGGAAUUGAGGUUGAUUUGCCUUUAAGGAAGGAGAUAAAUUGUAUUGGAGAUACAAUUACAACAGAGUAUGAAUUAAAAAAGGCUUUUUUGCAACAAUCUGAGGAAUUAAAAGUGGUUAAGAAGAAAUUGGCGAAUAGCGAGGUGAAAAUAAAAGAGUUAGAGGAGGAAAUUAGGAGGUUAAAAUUAAUUAAUUAAGUUUGGGUUAAUUUUUUCUUUUUUUU